GGACUUUUUUCUUUUCAGAUUUGCUAUUUCUUCUGGAAUUCUUCGAGAUUUCUUCGUCACUCAUCUUCUCUUCCCAAUCAUUUGACUUGAGACACAGAGCGGCAAGAUGAGCACAACAACAACAAUCGCGCCUGCAAAGGCAAACAUCGGUGUUUACACAAACCCAGAGCAUGACCUGUGGGUUGCUGAGGCAGAGCCCAGCCUGGAGGUUGUGCAGAGGGGUGGAGAUUUGGCAGUUGGUGAGGUUCUUUUGAACGUCAAGAGCACUGGUAUCUGCGGAAGUGACAUUCACUUCUGGCAUGCUGGAUGCAUCGGUCCCAUGAUCGUAGAAGACACCCACAUUCUUGGCCACGAGUCGUCCGGCGUAGUAAUGGCCGUCCACGAGUCCGUCACAAACCUCAAAGUCGGCGACCGCGUCGCCAUCGAGCCCAACAUCAUCUGCCACAAGUGCGAGCCCUGCCUGACAGGCCGCUACAACGGCUGUGAAUCCGUCGAGUUCCUCUCCACACCUCCCGUCACCGGCCUGCUCCGCCGCUAUCUCAAGCACCCUGCUAUGUGGUGCCACAAGAUGCCCGACAGCAUGACCUUCGAGGACGGCGCUAUGCUCGAGCCUCUCUCCGUCGCCCUUGCUGGUUUCGACCGCGCGAACGUUAAGCUCGGCGACCCUGUUCUCGUUUGUGGUGCUGGCCCCAUCGGUCUUGUCACCCUCCUCUGCGCACAGGCUGCAGGCGCAGCUCCCCUCGUCAUUACAGACAUCGACCAGGGCCGUCUCGAAUUCGCGCGCAAGCUCGUUCCCCGCGCCCUCACGCACAAGGUUGAAUUCAGCCACACAGUUGACGACUUCCGCGGCGCGAUCCUCAAGCUCACAAACGGCGUCGAGCCUUCCCACGCUCUCGAGUGCACCGGUGUUGAGUCCUCGAUCGCUGGCGCUAUCCAAACUGUCAAGUUUGGCGGCAAGGUCUUCGUUAUUGGCGUCGGCAAGAACGAGAUCAAGAUUCCCUUCAUGAGGCUGUCCACACGCGAGGUCGAUCUUCAAUUCCAAUACCGCUACUGCAACACUUGGCCCAAGGCUAUCCGGUUAGUCGAGAGCGGCGUCAUUCAGCUGCGCGACUUGGUUACACACAGGUUCAACCUUGAGGACGCAGUGCAGGCUUUCAAGACAGCGAGCGACCCUAGUACCGGUGCGAUCAAGGUGCAGAUCCAGAGCUUGGGUGAUUAAGCGGCGGAAGGGAAGGAGUUGCUGAGAUGCAUGAGUGGAG